UUGUUCAACGCCAUUUUAGGAGAUUUCGCAGAAAUGAAUCUUCUAAACAUGGACGCGGAAAACCGCGUUGUUCUAAACGUCGGCGGAAUACGCCACGAGACGUACAAGGCGACACUCAAAAAAAUACCGGCGACGAGGCUCUCACGCUUGACAGAAGCGCUCGCUAAUUACGACCCUGUGCUGAACGAGUAUUUCUUUGACCGCCAUCCUGGAGUUUUUGCGCAAGUCCUCAACUAUUACAGGACGGGAAAACUCCAUUAUCCUACGGAUGUGUGCGGGCCGCUUUUCGAAGAGGAACUCGAGUUUUGGGGUCUAGACGCGAAUCAAGUGGAGCCAUGUUGUUGGAUGACUUACACUCAGCAUCGGGACACCCAAGAGACCCUUGCCGUCCUUGACCGUCUUGACCUAGACACAGAGAAACCAUCUGAUGAAGAGGUUGCUCGUAAAUUUGGUUUCGAAGAGGAUUACUAUAAUGGAACAGUGUCCUGGUGGCAACAGCUCAAACCUCAAAUGUGGUCCUUAUUUGAUGAGCCUUACAGUUCUAACGCAGCAAAGAUAAUUGGUGUGAUUUCAGUGUUUUUUAUAUGCGUAUCGAUUAUAUCAUUUUGUUUGAAAACUCAUCCAGAUAUGAGAGUGCCAGUGAUAAGGAACUAUACGGUAACAACGGCUAACCAAACGCAAAGCUGGGCAUUAGACAAAGUGCAAACAAACGCCCACGUUGCUUUUUUCUAUAUUGAGUGCGUGUGUAAUGCGUGGUUCACACUCGAGAUCCUCGUGCGAUUCAUAUCGUCGCCAAAUAAAUGGGAGUUCGUAAAAUCGUCCGUCAACAUCAUUGAUUACAUUGCUACAAUGAGCUUUUACAUUGACUUGAUGCUCCAAAAAUAUGCUUCUCACGUCGAGAACGCUGAUAUUUUAGAGUUUUUCUCAAUAAUAAGAAUAAUGAGACUAUUCAAAUUGACCAGACAUUCGUCCGGUCUGAAAAUAUUGAUACAAACCUUCAGAGCAUCGGCGAAAGAAUUGACUCUUUUAGUUUUCUUUCUUGUACUCGGCAUAGUCAUUUUUGCAAGUCUAGUUUAUUAUGCAGAGCGUAUACAAACAAAUCCUCAUAACGAUUUCAACAGCAUACCAUUAGGACUGUGGUGGGCUCUGGUUACGAUGACAACUGUCGGUUAUGGUGAUAUGGCACCGAAAACUUACGUUGGCAUGUUUGUUGGUGCACUUUGUGCUUUGGCUGGUGUGCUGACUAUAGCGUUACCAGUACCAGUUAUCGUAUCCAAUUUUGCUAUGUAUUAUUCACAUACGCAAGCGAGAGCGAAAUUGCCAAAAAAGAGACGAAGAGUUAUCAACGUUGAGCCAACCAGGCCACCUCUUAGAGCACCAGGUGUGCCCGGAGGACCAGUUGGUCACACAGCGCCAGGAAUGGGACCCCAAGCGGUUAAUAGAAGGAUGAAUGCUAUUAAAACCAACCACCCUAAGGAUAUGAUGGGACCUAACAUGGAUGGUGAUCGUAGCGAGCUUGAGGCUAUGAUCCAAACUACACCAAACAACUGCAAAAGAAAAAAUCUAAACAUGCUAUAA